AACGGAGGGUAGUUGGUAGUUGCUACCUUACCUAGGUGCCUCUUACCCACCUGUCUACAUGUACAAUACCUUAGGUAAUUUAUAGUCUAGUAAGUUUGAUGUUCAACUAGUUAUGGGCAGUUACAACUUACUGUCAGCCAAGGUAGUAUACAUUGGUAGGUGUCUUCUGCAGGCUUACCUAACCCAAGCAGCAGCUACCCCCCUACUCGCCUAGGAAAUUUGCCAAUGAGGAAAUCAAUGCAGGCAAUAUCGUCUCCCCUCCCCCUGUGCUAUUGUCCUAUGCAGAAUCAUAUGCAUAGCUCUUAUCAAUGGAGGUAACGAUGAAAAAAAAGGUCAAACUAACAGACUAACAGACUAAUAAAUAAUAAACUAAUACCUCCUCAACCCACCCAGCCUUAACUUAGCUUCAACACCCCAUUUCUCCUCCCGCCUAGUCUCCCUAGUGGCGCGGUAAUAGAGAUAAGGUGCGAGACACUCACAAGUAGCUUUAUAGGGCUAUGACGGGUAGACCAUCUUGACAAUUGCCUAUUAAUCAAUAGCCUGCGACCGGACAGUAGAAAUAUCUAAGAUGGAGAAAACUCUGGAUAGAACCACAGCGGAAUCCGUACCCGAGGAGAGACUAGAUGAUGUCGACGACGCGUACGAGUUCGCAAAGGAACACCCUGUUGGACCCUUGAGCGAUGAGGACAAUAAGCACAUCUUGCGCAAGAUUGAUCGUCAUCUGCUACCGCUGAUGAUCGUCACCUAUACUCUGAAUUUCAUGGACAAGAAUGCCCUCUCCUAUUCCGCUAAUUUUGGUCUUAUUACCGAUAAUAAACUAGUAGGAAACCAGUACAACUGGGCCUCCGGAUCCAUUUUCUAUCUUACGUAUAUGGUGUCCCAACCUAUUGUCGCUCGUCUGAUUGUUCGCUUCCCUAUCGGCCGCUUCGUCGCCGUUGCGACUACGCUCUGGGGCGCUGUGUUGAUGACCACGGCAGCGUCGCGUUCCUUUGCUAGUUUAAUGACCAUCCGUGCCAUCCUGGGCUGUCUUGAGUCUUGCAUCAACCCCGCCUUCAUCGUUAUAUCUUCUCAAUGGUGGACUCGCGACGAGCAACCCUUGCGCAUUUCUUACUGGUAUCUUGGUAAUUCAAUAGGUCAAGUCUGCGGUGGGCUUCUAGGUUAUGGCAUUGCUCAUAUCACGAACCCUAACGUCCCAAAUUGGGGUUGGUUCUUCCUCAUUUUUGGUGCGAUCACCAUUCUUUACGGCGCUUUUCUCUUUUACUAUCUUCCUGAUUCGCCAUUGAAUGCUCGUUGGCUCUCAGAUCAUGACCGUGCCCUAGCCGUCGAGCGUGUUCGGAGCAACCGUACUGGAGUCGAGAAUCAUGUAUGGAAAUGGUCGCAAGUCAAGGAGUGUCUAUUAGAUAUACAAUGCUGGCUCCUUGUAGCAACCUUUUUCCUCGAUGACAUUCCUGCCGGUGGGGUUGGUUCUUUUGGGAGCAUCGUGGUCAAGGGAUUUGGUUACGAAACUCUUUACUCGACACUUCUCCUGGUACCCUUGGGCGUGAUCCAAGCUAUAUGUGUUCUCUUCGGAGGUUUUAUGACAAGGCGCUUCAAAAACAUCCGAACUUGGCUCAUCGCUGGUUGCCAAAUACCAGCGCUCAUCGGAGCUGUUCUGCUCUACACUCUGCCUCGAGAAAACAAGCGUGGAUUACUCGGCUCGUACUAUGUUGUGCAAACUCAUGGUAUAGUCGGCACACUCACCAUGUCGCUAGUAUCUAGUAAUUUUGCCGGAUACACGAAGAAAGCUACCGCAUCUACGAUGAUGUACAUAGCCUUCUGCGUCGGACAAGUCGUUGCUCCUCAGCUAUUUAUCCCAAGUGAGCAGCCAGCAUAUAAAACCGCCUUCCUUGCUGCUUUUAUCUGUUUCGCAUUAUGCAUCAUAUUUACUAUUGCUUUGCGAUUCUACCUUAUCUGGGAAAAUAAGAGACGUGACCAGCUACAUCUGGCGGAAGGCGAACUCAGCAACGCUAACGACGAGUUCCUUGACCUGACGGACAAGCAACAGAAAGCCGUCUUCCGUUAUGUUCUUUAGAGAAAUAAACUAGCUAUUGAGGUCAUUUACGGGCAAUGUCAAUGUACCUCUUGGUACCUAGGUAGGUAAGAACGACAUAUACAAUGCAUAUUAUGAAGUUAU